AGCCCUUUCAUUACCUGAAGCUUUCCAAUCUACUUCACACUAUCCAACACCCUCGCCUCAUCGUGAGCAAAAAGCUACCUGCCGACAACAACCGCCACCACCACCACCACCAGCUACAGAAAUCCAGCACUCAAUCUUUCUCUUCACGCGGUCGCUUCGCCAUACUAUCUCAAUACACGGAACCGCAUUCACCCUCCAGCAACCACAUUACUAUCAGUUCACAAAAAUGAAUCCCGUAACCAGAAGCUUCUCAACCGCCGCAAGAGUGCACCCCUCCAUUUUGCCACACCUCCACGCCUCGCCGCGCCGAGCGCCCAUCCGACGCUGGUUCAAAACAGCAGUCGUCAUCUCCGCCGUCGUCUACGCAUCAAAAACCUACCUCGACUUCACCCGCUACUCCUCCUCCUCCUCCUCCUCUUCACAUCCCUCCUCCUCCCAGCAGCAGCACAGCCACACAGCAAAGGACAUCCGCGCCGCUCUGCAGGAACAAGACAACGAGUCCCUGCGCAGACAGCGCAUGAUGGAGGACCUCUACGGCGGCAGAGAAAGCCUGGAGGAUCUCGAAAGGGGCGUUGCCGAGUAUGCGAGGCGGUAAAUGCCCUCGACAUCGAAACAUGGAAAAACAAAAGAUGAGAGCGAAUCAAAAUGGUCGAGAUGAAGAGAGAAGGGAGGGGACUGCUUGCUUGCAUUGGGAGUUUUGAUGAUAGGACGAUGCCUCUUGAGCGAAGCAUAUCGGGCAUGGGAGUUAUUAUACCUGGCGACUGGGCAUGGCUAGGUGAUUCAUCCACCUAGAUGGUUUUCUAUGUUGGACGG